AUGGGGAACGCACAAGGUGGUAUGAAUAAUAAUCCCUAUGGAUUUUUAGGAAAAAAGGAUGAUAAAGACAAAGGAAAGGAUAAGGAAAAAAAAAAACUAGAAAGCUCACCCCCAUCACAUAUAGGAAAAAGAAAAAAAAAGAAAAAGGGAGUUACUGGACAUUCCAAAUUGCCUACUGUUACACCUAAUACAAAAUGUCGGUUAAAAUUAUUGAAAUUAGAAAGGAUAAAAGAUUAUUUGUUAUUAGAAGAAGAAUUUAUAACAAACCAGGAACAAAUAAAAACAACUGAUGAUAAAAAUUAUGGAAAAUUGAAAAUUGACGAUUUAAGAGGUUCACCUAUGAGUGUUGGAACAUUAGAAGAAUUGAUUGAUGAAAAUCAUGGAAUUAUAGCUACUUCUGUAGGUCCAGAAUAUUAUGUAAAUAUAUUAUCAUUUGUCGAUAAGGAUUUAUUAGAACCUGGGUGUUCAGUUUUAUUAAACAAUAAAACUAAUAGUGUUGUAGGUAUACUAUUAGAUGAAGUUGACCCAUUAGUAUCUGUUAUGAAAGUUGAAAAAGCCCCACUAGAAUCAUAUGCUGAUAUUGGUGGAUUAGAAUCACAAAUACAAGAAAUAAAAGAAGCAGUUGAAUUACCCUUAACUCACCCUGAAUUAUAUGAAGAUAUUGGUAUUAAACCCCCCAAAGGUGUGAUUUUAUAUGGUCCACCUGGUACUGGAAAAACAUUAUUAGCAAAAGCUGUAGCAAAUGAAACAUCUGCUACAUUUUUAAGAGUUGUAGGUUCUGAGUUAAUACAAAAAUAUUUAGGAGAUGGUCCCAAAUUAGUUAGAGAGAUGUUUAAGGUUGCUGAAGAUCAUGCACCUUCUAUUGUUUUUAUUGAUGAAAUUGAUGCAGUUGGUACAAAAAGAUAUGAAGCAACGAGUGGUGGAGAAAGAGAAAUUCAAAGAACUAUGUUAGAAUUAUUAAAUCAAUUAGAUGGAUUUGAUUCACGAGGUGAUGUUAAAGUUAUUAUGGCUACUAAUAGAAUUGAUUCUUUAGAUCCAGCUUUAAUUAGACCAGGUAGAAUAGAUAGAAAAAUUCAAUUGCCAAAUCCAGAUACUAAAACUAAGAGAAGAAUUUUCCAAAUACAUACUAGUAAAAUGACAAUGUCUCCUGAUGUAGAUCUAGAAGAAUUUGUAAUGUCAAAAGAUGAAUUAUCCGGUGCUGAUAUCAAAGCUAUAUGUACUGAAGCAGGCUUAUUAGCUCUUCGAGAAAGAAGAAUGAAAAUUACUCAACUCGAUUUGCGUAAAGCAAGAGAUAAAGCUUUGUAUCAGAAAAAGGGAAACAUACCAGAGGGCUUAUAUUUGUAA